CACACACUGAUGCAUACACACACCAACAAACCACUGCAUCACCACCAACGACUUCCCUACCACUACUCGCUCACCUCUCUCCCUCCCUUGUAUAAAACCACCACCGGUUGCCCCGCCCUCUCCACCCACUCACCACUGCUCCAUCACACACUUCCAGUAGCUAACUUAACUACUGCCCACCACUCUUCCUUCGUGCCAGAGAGAAUCAGCAAGGCACGUUCUUGCGUGUGUUGGAUCGGCGUACGUGCGUGCAUGGCGGUGGACGCGGUUCGCGACGCGGCGGCGAUGGUGAGCGAGGAGGAAGAGGAGGGGCAGCUGCGGUGCGACGAGGGGUGGGGCAAGCGGAGGCGCCCGAGGCGCCAGCGGCAGCGCGCGCCCAGCGAGGAGGAGCACCUCGCGCUCAGCCUCCUCAUGCUGGCGCGCGGCCACCGCGACCGGCACCUGCUCCCGUCGUCCUCGCCGGCGCAGGAGCACCGCUGCUCCGUGUGCGGCAAGGGGUUCCCGUCCUACCAGGCCCUCGGCGGGCACAAGGCGAGCCACCGCCCGAAGCCGGCCCCCGCCGGCGCGGACGAGCCCGCUGCCACGGCGGCGGCCUCGCCCGCCGCGUCCUCGUCAACCACGUCCAGCGGCGCGGGCGGAGGUGGCAGGGUGCACGAGUGCUCCGUCUGCAAGAAGACUUUCCCGACCGGGCAGGCGCUGGGCGGGCACAAGCGGUGCCACUACGAGGGCCCCGUCGGCGCCUCCGCGGUCGCGAGCCGAGGGUUCGACCUGAACCUGCCGGCGCUGCCGGACAUCGUCACCGAGCGCGAGCGGUGCAUGCCGGCGCCGGCCGACGACUACGAGGAGGAGGUGCUCAUCCCGCUGGCGUUCAAGAAGCCGAGGCUGAUGAUCCCGGCAUAACCAAAUCAUCAAAGAAUUUUUCAAUCAUCAACGGCCAGUUGAUGAGUGAAUCCCGUCGGUGUGUAUUCUUUUGGAUUGCUUAUGCUCGGCUGGCUGGUGAUACGUACUCCCUCCGUCCGGAAAUACUUGUCCUGAAAAUAAAGAAAAUGAAUGUAUCUAUAACUAAAAUAAGUCUAGAUACAUCCAUUUCUAGAACAAGUAUUUCCGGACGGAGGGAGUACACACGUAGUACCUCCUGCUUGCCAGCCAGCCAGUGGAGUGUAGAGGUCGAUCGAGCUGGCCAUCGAUUGGUGUAGUACAUAUCUCUCUAUAUUUUCCAUAUAGUACGUAAUGCAUCUCAGUAGAUCGCUUCUUUCA